UUCGGGUCAUCAAGCACAGCUGUAUGAAUGGAAGGUGGAACUGCAUGUACAACUGACAGCCUGGCUGCAAUAACUGGGACGAAUAGUCGGGGUUUACUUGUUUAGUAACUGGAGAAAAGCAACGAAGUUAUGACAUUAAUUGACGUGUAUCUACUGUCCGAGACCCUACAGUGGUCAUGUGACCCGGAGUUGUCGUCUGCUCACGGAGGAGAAUGAGCGUACAAUGAACAUAGCAGACGACAGAAUGGGAAAUCUGUUCUCAAAAUCUCCGGGUAGAUCACCCAGCGUGAAACCGUUCGAGGUGACGUCACGGACUCGAGCAGACGACAAAACGCCAUCAAAGAUAUUAGUGAACGACGAACACCAUGAGGAACUGAACGUCCACAAUGUCAACCAGCUGUCCUCCCGCCCGGGGGGAGAGGCUGAGAGUGAUAACAUUAGUCUGGGCAUGUCAACGGUCAGCAAGAUGAGCGUCAAGACCCCACCCCCCGGGGACAUGCCGCGCUCACGGGCAUCCAACCGCACCCCCAUUCCCCUGCGCUCCAUGGAGGUGGAUGAGGAGGUGCGGGGGUACUACAGGGAGCUGCAGAGGGUGAUGGGGGACAGGGGGUACGCGGACAGGUGCCCCUCCCAGACCAUGCUGCAGGAAGCUAAGCAAUGCUAUCGGAAGAUGACCAUCGUCUGGCCGGAAGAUGAUGACGGAGUUAUCUGCCCCUCCCCUCCGAAGACCUUGAAGAAAGAUAUUCUUAGUAAAGAAAGGAUUAGGGAAUUAGACCAACAUGUAUUCAACGUGCCCCGGGAGUUCCUGAAGCAGCCUCUGUUUGACCUGGUCCAGUACCUCGUGCAGAAGGCGGAGACGGAAGUGGAGGAGGCGCACGUGCUGUACCGCUGGCUGACGUCACAAACAAUGGAGGAGGUUGUCACCCAGAACGGGCAGGUUGACACUCCCGAUGACUAUACCACUGUGUAUCUACAACGACUGAAGAGGGCUUCGCUGUCCUAUGCGGAUAUAUUCGCGGAAAUGAUGGGCUUCACGUCUAUAGAGUGUGUGAAGAUCACAGGUCAGAUGAGAGUGUUUCCCAAACAACCGUGUGAGGCUGUGACAAAGACUGAACGCCACUGUUGGUGCGCGGUGUACCUCGGGCGCGAGUGGAGACUGAUCGACUGUUUCCUGGGCGGCAAACUGUGGCACGACACUCACGACCUUCGUCGGCAGGAAGACAUCCUCAACAUCGACCCCAGCUGCUCCUUCGUCUCCGACCUCAACCACUUCUACUUCAUCCCUGAUCCAGAGAAUCUCAUCUUCUCUCACUUCCCUGACCGGGACUACUGGCAGCUACUGCCGAGGUUCAUCACAAAGGCUGAGUAUCUUACCAUGCCAUACCUCAAACCCGAAUUCUUCUGUCUCAACCUCAAUUGUCCGCAGGAUAAAAUAACCGUACCGACUAAAAACGGGAUGUGUAAGCUGAAAGUGAACUUUCGAAAAGGUUCCGGGAUGAAAUUUUCUUACAGACUUAGUAAAGUGGAAUCAAAGAAAAGCAAUGUGUCUAAAAAAGCCAGUCUUAAAAAUAAUGUGUUCUUGGAGAGCUCACUGAAUUCCAGUCGUGCCACGUUUCUUGUGAAUCUUACGGAAAAGGGCAAAUACGUCAUAGAGGUGUUUGGCAAGUGCAGCAACCUGUACAUGGAGCGACAGCCUCACUUGUGUUCCUUCGGGAUCUCCUGUUCUCAAGGGGUGGCAGGCUUCAAGUGCUACCCCGACAAUGACAGGAGCGAGUGGGGACCAGGGGCCGACGUGGAAGCCAUGGGAAUGGUGCCAGUCACACACGAUUCUGGCAUUGUUGAAACCAAAAACGGAGAAGCAGAAAUUGUGUUCAAAGUGCCAGAUAACCUGACUUUCUUUCAAACGAUAACAUCUCGCAAUGGCGGGAAGGAUCAGGAAACUUGUGUCGUUCACCAGAUGGACAAACAAAAGGUUGUUUUCACUGCCAGGCCAACGGUCGCCGGAGACUCGUGUCUCAAGAUAUUAGCCCGACCUGAACAGAGUGAGGGGCACCUUAUUCAUGUAUGCAAUUAUCUCUUACGGAGCUCAGAACCAAAUGAAUCUGUGUUUAGUUUACCUAAAAUCCCUCACGGGAGAAUUGGACCAAGAAUGAUGUUGAGGAAACUAGGAAUACGAGUCAUUAGUCCUAAGUCAGCUCUGAUAUAUUCACCCCAAUCUGGGCGGAUAGAUGUGAAAGUGCAGACGACCAAAUCAGUGACACUCAAGGCUGAUGUCACACAUCACCUGAAUGGUGUCAUUCAGGACGUGACGGAGUUUGUGUCACAGACCUUGAAUAAAAACAUUGUGACUUUCACUGUGAAACUGCCAAAACAUGGAACGUAUAACAUAAACCUGUAUGGCAAGAGAACAGACGACAGGAAGUCAACAGUGUCCCAUGACGUCACAAGGCCAGUAGAAGAGAGAGAUGGGAUGCCCUUGCUUCACAAUAUUCUCGUCGUCUGCCACUGGCCUUAUAAGGACUGCUCUGAGUUCGCAAGUACGCUGCACGACUGGGGACAAGGAUGCAAGCUGAUGGGGCCCCAGAGGAAACACCUUCCGGCAGGCUCCAUUCUGAAAUUCAAACUCCACGUGCCUGGUGCUGAUGAUGUCGCAGUUCUAGAUGGGGAGGACUGGCAGCAUCUCCAGACGGAGGAUGGUGCAUUGUGGGAAGGGGACAUCAUGGUGGAUGAUGACCAGGCAGGCUCGUCCAUCGAGGUCAAAGCGUCUGUGGGUGGAGAGUAUCGCCCUAUGCUUCAGUACCAGGUGCUGUCAUCUGUUGAGUAUGCAGCACAAAAAGAACAGAGGAAGUACAAUUCUAGGAGAGCCAAGGAGAGAAUCAAGAAGUUGAAAGCCGAGGGGAAAUGGCGUGAUCCGCUAGUGGAGAGUAACAUCAACGUUGACGACGGGGAUGACGUGUCGCUGCAGAUUGUCGAUGACGACUCCGAAGAUGGAGACAGACAAACAGAAACUGAAAGUGAGGCUGAUCCUGCUGGAUCGCUCACCGACAGUUCCACCAGCACUCUGCGCGCGGUCGUCAAGAGAGGGGUGAGCAACACGAUAGAGGUCACAGCAGAAAUAAAUGGUAAACCACUAGACACACAAAGUGACAGCAGCACCGACAGUGCCACAAGAGAACCAGUGACAGCAGCGGAGAAGGAAGCAGUCACAGACGAUGGCCAAAAUAUGGAAAAAGAUGAUUCAGACAAUAGUUCCAAAGUUCGAGAUGUUCUGGGUGUUGCUAAAACUGAUAACGAUGUGAAAGGGAAGGGUGCCAAAUGCAAGAUGGGGGAUGAAGACGUAACACAGAUUCCUACAGGGGGAAAAGUUAAACUGAAAGGUAACGACAUUAACGUCAAAGAAGGUGCUGACGGUGCAGGGAAUGACAGGGAUGUGAAGGAACAAGCCGCGGUGACCUUGAACAAGAAAGAGGUUUCCUUUGCUCUAGAAGACUCCUCCUCAGAGGACUCAGAUUCAGAGGGGGACGAAGAUGAGGAGAGUGACUUUGAGAGGUGGCAGCGCAAGCAGUUGGCGGUAGAACAGAGAGAAGAAGAGAGGACUAUUCUGGACUUCUCCCUGCCAGUUCGUCUGCUGCUGAAACGUCUGCAGGGCGCCACCAAGCGGAAGGACAAGAUCGAGCUGAAGUCCGCCAUGUCUGACUACCAGGACAAGGAACUGGACACCACCAAGCGGGAGUUCCAGGAGGCGAGAAGGAUCCUCUCUGUCCUCAACCUCAGAGACGAGAUCUUGGACACUCUCCAGAGGAGCGACAUCAAGAAGCUGAGGGUGAAGGUCGGGGAUGCAGACAGACGGGGAUUCUCCUCGGAGAUGCAGCACGAGAUGGGCCUUGCACGUGCAAGACUGAAGGCGUCGGAACACGUUCAACGUUUGCACGUGCAGAUGACAACAACGUGUAUUGACGUGCCGACACUUUCGGAGAUCAUCCGUUAUGUCAAGCCCCCGCCGCUCGUGCACCACGUUGUCAUGGCAAUGCUACUCCUGAUGCACCAACACGAGGGGAAGACAAGGCGAUGGAAGAAGAGUCAUAAACGAUGCGUCAUGAUAGGAUCUAUAAAACUGUACCAGAAAGUUCACCAAGUGCAGAUUGACGACAUUGAUCCAACAAUCGCUGCACGUGCACGGCAGCUGCUGGAGAUGUAUGCCCCGGAUGAAGCCGGCAUGGUUAGCCCGGGGGUCGGGGCUCUGUACGGCUGGGUGCAGAGAGUUGUGGAUGAGGUUCUCAGUAACCAUGACAACGGAGACGAGCCAAUCAAACCUGCUACCAUUAAAAUGCAGCGCAGGAUCUUCAAUGACGUGAAACCCACGAAGACGCCUGACUUUGUACGUGACCGGUUCAAGACCACGUCUCUCGCGGCUGUGAAACUGCGGUACAGGGACACCACCAGCAAAGACAGGCACAACAGCAAGUCCCUGCACGAUCUCAGACGGGCGGCUCAUAAUGAAUAGUGUCUCGUCAUCUGGAACAAAGUAGAAUUAUUGUUGUCUGCUUGCUGUUUCACCAGGGAUAUAAGUCUUUAUUAACACCUGGUUUGAUAAACAACAUUGUGUAUGAUUAAUGAAUUAUUAAGCAUCCAGGACUGGCCAAUUCGCGUCGCGACGUGGGAUGACGACGGGUUUAUCUAUUGUGUAUCAAACUUCAUUGUUACUUUUCGUCGACAUAUACUACACAGUUCCUGACAAUUGCCAGUAAGGGAGGCGAAUGGUUAUAAUGAGAUACAACAGUAAUUAUUGCAUGCGUAUGUUUCAAAGAGCGGUGGUGGUGGUUAAGGUGUUCGCUCGUCUCUCCGAGGUAUUAUGUACAUGAAUAUAUUGUAAAGGAGCAGUUACCAUGGUAACAGUUCAGUACAUGACACGGAUUACAACAUAUAGGAUUGAACCACAGUGUACAGCCUACUCCCAACUCCCAUCCCUUCCCCAAUCCCGUUUUCUUAAAAAAAUAGAAAAUGAGAGUUACAGUUUACUCUAUGUCAACUAUAAUGUCAACCACGAUGUGGUUCGAUGACCAUGGCCAUCAGAAUGAUAUCAGAUAUUCCUCUACUUAUUAACAUUACAAUAAUGUCAGCAAUCGCAAGUAUACAUUCGUUUACAAAUUAUUUAUUUAUCGUCGAUAUCAAAAUAUAUUCUUUCACGUGUAUUAUUUUAUUGUCUUUAGACUAAUUCCUGUCAUCUGUGAUGUAUUACGUAUACUACACAAGUGAUAACUAUGUUAUGUUUUAUCUAAAAAAAUAUAUACAGUGAAACCCCGUUAUACCGGACGCCUUCCAGGCGCUUCUCUUAUGAACGUCUACGUGUACGACAAAACAUUGCUUCGCAACAUUAUUCGUUAAUCCUGAUUCUUAUAAACCGGGCAAUUUCACUAUGAACGAUACGUCCGGGUUGACGGGGUUUCAGUGUAACGCCUACCUGUGAUACGAUGUGUUGGAUCUUUCCGAGACCCGGAUAUAGGAAGUCACUCACUAACCCUGUGUCAACACUUCUAUAUGUUUUAUGUUAAAAAGUAUUUCCAGCUUUACACUUGUGAAAAUACUUCAUUAUGCCCAUAGAGACCAAUAUUCAUACGAUUUAACAUAGUUACACACAAAAAGCUUUUUGAAUAUUAAUCACAUUAUAAAAGUACGUGUAGUUAAUAACGAGUAUACUUUUGUAGUUUUUAGUUGUGAAGGUUUCAUCAAUCUUAAAUACUUCAUGCAAAUAGUUGAGGAAAUACGCAGCUAAAUAUCGUAUAUUCCUUGAAUUACUUAAUCUUUUCACGUGUAAAAUAUCUUAAGAACAAGCUAGUACUCUUCAAGUCAUUACUGAGUAUAGCUAUUCUGGACUGUAGAGUAAGAACAUAUCAGCUGACACUGUGAACGAUUCUCAAUAUGUGUAAUAUUAUGUGUCCUAAUAAAAUUCCUG